GUCUUGAAACUUAUGACACUCCUUAUAAAUCAUGUUAUUACUGAUGGAUCGAUGGAGCAUGAAAACGAAAUCCUUUACCCAUUAUGUACUAACAUACAUUAGCCAGUUAAAUAAAAGUUUUUAGUCACCCUGAGCACAAUAACAACAGUCCUUCUGCUCUAUUUGUACCUGUUAUAGAUUAAAUAUAACUUUGAUGGUAGUGUUUCUACUCUGUAAUUUCGUAUUAUGCAAGAUCAAACUUUCCAUCAUCAGCAAAAUCGCUAGCAAAUAUGGGUUCCACGGAAGGGAAUGAGGAUUGGUGGCACAAGUUGAGCGAACACUGCUCUCGAGUCCAAAUCCAAGAUUGGACCAUCCUUCUUCCAAACCAAUUCGAUUUACAUUGGAACGAAGAGCCACACUUGACGCGAAUGAUUCUAUUCAAUCCUGUAUCCGGACAUUUUAUCACCCGUGUCCUAGGUCGAACAUUAGAAUCUGGAACACUCGAUUCACUAGACGCUUUAGUUCCCUUGGCCUCCAGCUUCUUUUUGUCCCAAGUGUGCUUAGGAAGGAAAGAAAAUGAGGAGGACAUGUUCCCCUUCUCCCUUUCGUUUUCUCUCCAAUGCUCAAUGAUUCUUAGCGGGAAACCAGAGUCCAAUGGAGAUUUGGAUCAAGAGUCCAAGCAUUGGAACCAUCCCCAAUGUGAAGAAUGCCGGAGGCUCUCUAUUGAAGAGGAUGGGUCUGUCUUUGAUGAUCUUGGAAUGGAUCUUGACGGAGGUGGUGAAAUGUACUGUAAGCAAGAGAGCUUUAAAGAGGACAUUGAAGACUAUGACGACGACAUCCCCGAAUUGUUCGUGGGGAACGUUGUUGAAGAGGUCCAAACUGAAGACGCUCCAAAGAAAAAGAGGAAUACCAAAUAGAACAAGACCAUCCCAGAUUCAAAAUCAGUGGGGAAAAAGAAGGUUAAAAAGAAGGAUUCAAAACCUACUGAAAGUACGAUCAAGUGCCCCAUUUGUCCCAAAGAAUACCGUACAUCUCACGCCCUCAGGAGACACAUGCGAGAUUAUCACCUUAGAGGGCAAUUCCGAUGUCUUUAUUGUGAAUCUUCCAACCAUAUUUUCAAGUUCCCUCACGAGAUUUUAGACCAUUAUCGAACCUCGCACUCUUCUAAUGUCCAAGAUUGCAGAGUGCAUUGUCCCGCUUGUCAGAAUAUCCUGGAUCUCAGUGAGGAUCCAAACACCUUGGCCAGUCAUUAUCGAGAGUGCGUUUGGGCCAAAAAGCGACAACGUUUCAAAGUAACCAUUCAGAAGCGGAGAGAGACGAGGAAAAACGAUGAAUUUGUUUGUAGUGAAUGCGGAAAACGGUACAAAAGUGGACAACAAUUGCAGUUUCAUAUGAAAACUCAUACCGGUGAAGGGAUGCUGUUUUGCCCUCAUUGUUCUUACAAGACGCCCAAUCCAAGCUCUUUGAAGCUACACGUGGCGAAGCAUUUGAGGGACCAGGGGAUCUUGCCGAAGGAAAUGUGCGAUUUGUGUGGGGUGGAGGUGAGGGAUAAAUCCUCACUCAAGUCACACAUGAACACCCAUGAGACUCAACGGUGGAACUGCACCUUUUGUGACAGACCGUUUAAGAGCCAAAGGUAUCUGGACUGCCACGUGGCCCGGUUUCAUGACAAGAGUGAGACCUUCAAGUGCGAUGUGUGCGCCAAAGGCUUCAGUACCACGUUUCUACUGAAGGAUCACAAAAGGAGGAAUCACCAAGAGCGGACGUUCAAAUGUGCUCAUUGUGGGAAAAUGAUGUACUCAAAAAAUAACUUGAUUGCUCAUGAGCGAAUUCAUACAGGAGAAAACCCUUAUAGUUGUCAGCUGUGCGACUACACGUGUAAAUCCAGUUCCACGUUGAGCCUUCACCGCAAGUUCAUUCACAACCAUGGCAAGAACCUAACAGAUCACCCUCUACAGAUUCCUGAUAAGAAUGAGUUACUUAACUAGACAAACUUACAUGCGAAAUAGACAACUUGAAACAUGACUUUUAUUACCAUCCUCUGUUCUUGGAUUUGACAAGCUCAUCAUUUUAGCAAGACCAGAACCUGUGAACCAGAUACCCGGCCAAAACUAGCAACACUAAUCCAGCUAGAACAGAUCCCAGGAUGAUUGGUACCAAGUCAUCUUCCUCCUCGUACUCAGGAGGACCAUCGUCUGUGGUUUGGGGAUCCUCUGGAGAGUCGGUGAAAGCUUCAAAAGGACCAACGUUAGCAUUCCAUAAUAUAUACAUAUUGUCCAGUUACAACUAACCUUUAAAGUUUCGUUGGGAUGGUUCAUCCACCUUCAGCUUGUCUGCUGUCAACCGGGCUUUAUUGGCUUGGCUUAGCAAGGCCACUUUAGACAAGGUUUCCAGAAUUUGCUAGUAAUCCUUUUUGUUCUUCUGUUGCCAAUAAUAAUUCGUGAGUUACGUAGGCUCAAGAACAAAUUAAACUACUUUACCAUUUUGGGCGAGGUCUUCGAGUUUGGAUCCGACUUCUGGGAGAUUGGGCAUUUUCCGAUCGUAUUGAGAAGAUUUCCAACAUUCAUCAAACCUGCUAGAGAAGGUUUUUGAGGGCUGGUCCGUUCCCAAAACAUUGGAAGC